GCUCCCCGAGGACUCUCCGCAGAAGAGAAACGCGUAAAGCUGUUGGAGAUAUUCCACGAGACGAAGGACUUCUUUCAGCUGAAAGAACUGGAGAAGAUGGGACCAAAGAUGAAGGGGAUCGUCUCCCAGACCGUGAAGGAAGUGCUGCAGUCGCUUGUGGACGACGGCUUGGUGCAGAUGGACAAGAUUGGCUCCUCAAACUUUUUCUGGAGCUUUCCGUCUCAGAGAGGCGCGAUGAUGCAGAAUCGCUUGAAGACAGUGAAAGAUACCCAAGGGUCCCUCCAGAGCCAGCUGGAUGAGCUGCGCGCUGCAGCAGAAUUAGAGAAGGCAAGCAGGCCGGAGAGUGCGACCCGCACGCAGAUGCUUGAGGACCUUGCCACGCUGAAAAAGGAGCACGCGCAGCUCGAGUCUGAGCUCGCAGCGUACGGCGCGUGCGAUCCUGCGAAAGUCGAGGAGAAGAGGCGGGCGGUUGUCCUUGCGAAGGAAGCAGCGAUCCGUUGGACGGCAGACAACUAUACCAUGUUGCUUUCGCACUUCACUCGACAGAACGGGGUGGAGGCAACGGACAUACGGUCGUUCCUCGGUGUCGACGAGGAAUACGAGGAUAUCGAGGGUUGA